AUGAUAGCAACUAUUGGUUAUUAUUGUUAUUAUAAUAAUAAUUAUCUUAAUUAUUGUCGACAACACCGACAACACCGACACCGAAACUACCGAUACCGGCAAAUCAUAAACAGCGGACAGACAUCUAAUAGUUUAUCUACCCGUUCAUCAACCAUAUCAUCAUUGUUUGGACAGUUAUAUCCAUACCGAUUGCGUACCGGUUUUACCCUAUUUGAUGACCAGAUAGUUAUCGAUCGGUUAGACAGAUUAGCGGCACCCCUGUAUGUGGCCGUACUGUUUACCAAUAUGGAUACUGGUGAACCCUAUCAGGGAACUGGUUGUAUAGUUCAAUCGGAUAAGUUAAGCACCGGUAGUAGUCAUAUACGUGUACGAGUGCUAACCUGUGCUCAUGUUGUCGACAGUCAACUAGUGGUCGAUGUUUUUGGCACCCGUCUGGGCCCAACUGGCCAACCCGGUCGGGUAGUCUAURUUGAACCUGGACUUGAUUUGGCUGUCAUAGACCUUAUGGUUAGCACUGCCGCUAAUAUACCGACCUUUCAAUUGACCGGACAGUCGCCAACAGCGGUACCCGAAUUCGGUUCAUCGGUCAUGUCGUUCGGUUUUCCCGACGAUUACUACAGUCUAUGUACGGGUAUUGUCGGCUGUCCGGCUGGCCAGACAAAUAUCAUGGAAAACUAUGGAUACCUGGCUAUGAUUCAGCACCCGAUUGUUGACCCACCGGUACCACCGAUAAUAACGGGUGUAUACUCAGGUCAAUACCCGGCUGGUAGUGUCGACAUUCAACACUCGGCUUCGGGAUAUUCGGGAUUUUCUGGCGGACCACUAGUUUGCGCCGAUAGUAGUGGUGWUGGUAUACCUAACCUGAUGGGUAUAAACCAUACGAUUAGCCAGAGUAUAGGUUAUGCCGUUUCAAGCAAUUAUAUCAYUGAUGUAUUAAAACAGGCAGACAUUGAUAAGGACAGACAGUUAGAGAGACGUCGGUUAGAGCACCGGCCUAUCAGAUUGGGCUAUGCUUUGCCUACUAUUUUGAUUCAUGCAGUCUGACCGAUAAAAUUUUGGAUACCGGAGCCGACGGCAAUUCAUCACUUGAAAGGACGGAUGAAAUUGUUGGACUAAACGGUCAGUUCAUUGAAUCGUUAGACCAUUUCAGUGAAUUGUUAGACCAGUUACCAGACAAUCAACCGGUCGUCCUAAUGGUUCAGACGAUACUACCCGGUGUUGAACUGGACGAACCAUUCAAAACCAUACAAUUGAUUCAAACAGGACUGACCAGUGUUUGAAAACAGACCAUCAGUUAAUACCCUUACAUACCAUACCCAUA